AUGCAAGCGCGUGGUAAACCGGUUCCACCGAUCAAGGGUAUACCCAUUCUCUUGUUCGCAGGCGAAACAGUGAGCGAAGAAGACAAUGCCUUUGUUCACUGGGUGCACUAUGUGCGUCUCAUCAGCAACAUCUUUGCUCUAAGGGCUAGUGCCAGUGUGGCUGACGUGCGUCUUGAACGCAAGCUUCAGUAUGAUUAUGCCGAGCUUAAGGCCAGAGGCCAAUUGCGCAAGCGCACGCGCUAUGCUUCGGCUACUAAGGUAGCCGCGAGUGCUGGUCAGUCUGUGGCCAACAAAUCACCAACCCGCACCACUAGUGGCGGGGAACGGCCUCGGCCUCGAGAUGAUUAUGGCCACGAUGCUCAAAAGCAUCCAAAGCAUACGGAUACUGGUAUUGGCCCUAACGACGACGACGUCGUUUCAGUAGUCUCUCGACAUGAAAUUGACGACACCCAUGCUCAUCGAGCAAAGUCGGUGGCGGCCGGUGGACCGGUGGAGGCCCACGAGAAAUUGGUUCUCGAAGUGAAGGGUCUUCAAGAGGCCUUGGGUAAGUCCCAGUGCAUGCUGGAUGCGAUGCAAAGCCGCCUUCAGGCGAUGGAGCAAGCUCAAACUCGGAGCGAGGCUCAGUUCGACUUGCUGAUUCGUCUACUGCAAUCCGGGGCAGUGCCCUUGUCGUCGGCGCAAGCACCUCCAAGUUCACAAGGGAAGGAUCCCGGUACGGCUUAA